AUGGUGAAAGAAAAAUGUAAGAAAAAUGAAGAUGAGUUGGAAAGGAGAAGGAUUGCAAGAAGGGAAAAAUAUAAAAGAAUAAAAAGCGAUCCCGAAAAAUAUGCCGUUGAAAGGGCUAAAAAAAAGGAGGCUUACUUAAAAAGGAAAAGAGAGAAGAAAGUAAAAAAUAUCAACCAAAUGUCUCCAAGGGCACAAAGAGCACAAAGAAAGCGUUGGAGAGAAAAUUCGAAGCGAUACCUGGAGAAGAAAGCACAAGAACGGAAGAUACAAGAAGUAACCAUUUCCCAAGUGCUCGAAGCUCACACAAAAAUAAAUGAUAAAGAGUUCUCCGAUCCUUUGUAUGAGGAAAAUGUAAAAAAAAGAGAUAAAUAA